AUGCCUCUUGCAGUGAUCACCGAAAGACACCGUUUCCAGUUUGUUUACACCGUCCUCACCAAACCUGAUGGGUUCUCCGGUCCUGUGUUCAGUGCAGUGGGUCUGUAUGACGACAGACGUAUCUGUCACUACAGUAAUGAAGAACAAACCUGGAAAAGAGACCGUUCAGAUGCAGAAAUCUGGAGAUAUACCGAAGAACCUCAUGAUCCUAGAGACUGGUUUAUAAAUCUGGUUAACACUCUGACAAACUGCACAAGCUCCAGAUGUGAUGGCCUCUAUACUCUACAGAAGAGAAUCGGCUGUGAGGUGGAAAAACAUCCAGAUGGAUCAGUGAUGAAUGUGAAUGCAUUUGAUGAGUACGGACAUGAUGGAGAGAAUGUUAUUGCCUUUAAUAUUGACACAAUGCAAUGGAAGGAUAAAAGUCCAAAGAAGGCUAAAGAAUCCAAAAUGAAAUGGGACACUGACAGAUUUCGUAAUCGGUAUCUCCAGUCAUACCUCAACAGCUGCAUUGACUGGAUCUCCACAUUUAAUGCGUCAAUAAGCACUCCACCAGCUCUUUACAUGUUUGCAUCUGAAGUUCCUCAUGACCAAAGCAAGCUGAUUCUGACCUGUCUGGCCACUGGUUUCCACCCCAAACACAUAGAGAUGAAUGUCACACAAAACAACAUCACACUCCAACCAUUCAGCUCUACUGGAGUCAGACCCAACAAUAACCAGACCUUUCAGAUGAGAACCAGUGUGGAGAUAAACAGAGAUGAGAAACAGAGUUAUGAGUGUCACGUCCUUCACAGCAGUCAGAUAUGUACAAUGUUAUGGGAAGGAAAUCUGGAAUCUAGAAGUCAUUAUUGGGCAGCAGUAGCUGAAGGUGUUUUUGCAAUUGCGGUUCUAUACAUCAUGUCUUUAAUCUACAAAAACAGAAGGUUAAAUGGCUAGAUGAACUAUAAUGGUUCCACCACAGAACAUCGUGAGAACAUCAUCUCGGGGUCAGCAGAUCUUCUGACUGCAAGUGAUUCACAUGAGAGCAGUGAAUCAGUGGAUCUCCACUUGGUAUUCAUGUUUAUCAGUGAGAAGCAAGAUCCUGGAUGUGUCGUCUAUGAUAAUAUCAUCACUGUUUUAAUGACACUAUCAAGUAUGUCAAAAAACAGUCCAUUAUGCACAUUCAUUUUUAACUUUAUUUUUGCAGUGUUAGCUUUUUCAUUAGGAUUACAGGCCAACCUAAAAUUUACACAAGAAUUUAUUUUGAAAUUAUAACAGUAAUACAUACUGUAAGGGAAACAGGUCAAUUUAUCUCAAAGGGAAGAUUUUAUAGGGAAUUUGAACAGAAUCACUGUUGAUCACUGAGUCGGCCAGCAACUCACUGAACAAGCCGUAUAACAAACUCUGCAGUGGAUAUUAAUAUCUUCCGUUACAUGGUCUGAAUUUUCCUGCUCUUGCAGGGAAUAAUUUGGACGUGAUUUCUAUAACAAGAAUAUAUUACGUUUUACUAAGAAUUGAUUGAUAGAAACAUUGCAUGGAAAUUCAAACUCAUACAUACCCAACAUGAAUAUAAACCUAUAAACUAUUCAAUAGUUAUUCAAAAUACAUACACAAUGAGUGAUUAGGACAUGAUAGUCAAAUGUGUGGGUUACAUACAUAAUACAGAGUUAUGCAUAGAAAAGAUUAGUUGCUCAUAAGUCCUUUUAACAUCAUUUAAUUGCAUAUAUACAUGUAAAGGCAGUUUCUGUGCGGUUCUGUGAACGUGAUGUUCUCUGAGCCGAAAGGUCAAAAGAGUAUAGAAGGAAUCUCAGUCUGGUCCUUGUCUUAGGCGGGGGACACCACCCAACAAAGUCUCUACUAAUGAUUUUCCUCAUGUGAUGGUCAUGAUGUGCUGUGUCUUUGAUCAUUAAUCUUGGGUUUUUUGCCUCAAAAUUGACAAUCUCCUUCCUGUGUUGGAAUUGUCAAUAAGUGUUCUUUUGUGUUAAUGUUCCAAGUUGUUCAAAGCUGUGAAGGAGUUGGUUGGUUAGGCUGGCAGGCUGGCGAUAGGGCCUGAUUUACGAUCAUCCAUGUUGUCUUGGGCCUCUUUCUGGAUUUCGGCUGCUCGGGUUUCAGCAAUGUUCUGAUCGAAUUGUUAAUCGAUACCGAGGGAUAUUGAGAAGACCUCGUAAUGAGCGAGUUGGGGUAUAGGGGAGGAGCAGUUCACAGAGAUAAUGGGGAGCCAGGUUAUGCAGUGCUUUAAAAGUGAGCAGGAGAAUUUUGUAUUUAAUACGAUAUGCAACAGGACAGCAAUGGAGACUAAACAAAACUGAAGUGAUGUGAGCAGCAGAAUUUUAGAUGUAUUGUACCCUGGAAAUGGAACUGGCAGGUAAACCACUGAAAAGGGCAUUACAAUAAUCAAGGCGAGAUGUGACGAAAUUAUGAAUAAUGGUUUCAGCAUCUUUAAGACUAAUAAAAGCAGCACUUGGCAAUGCGACGUAAAUGUAUGCUACAUGUAAACUCUGAACACCCACAGUUGCUGCUUGUGGAAGAGCAAUAGGAAGAUAUGUAAGAAUGUGUAGUGGUGUUGGUGUAAAUGAAUAAGCAAUGGUAAAAUUCCUAUUGAUAUUUAACACAUUUAUACAAAAAUAAUUUCCUUUUUGUAUAUAUAGUAUUGACUUUUCCCAGUACAUUUGAAAUCUGUAUCUAAAAUGCUCAGUGUAAUACACGGACAAAACUGACAUUCUUUUAUAGUACAGAAUAUAACAGAUGUGACCAUUGACCACAAAACCAGUCUUAAGUACCACACAUUUCACCCCAAAGAAUAAAUGAAUAAUGAAAAGUACAUCCUGUACUGUAUAGUGAUUGUUUCAUUUUUGUAAGAUGUGCUUUGAUUUAUUUAAGAGGUUCGAUUGUGACAUCUAGUGGUGAAAAACGUUAUGGCAAUAUUCUCAGGAACAAUUUAAAAAAUUGUGUUAGGGGUAAAUUAUGGCCUGGAUCUUUUUUCUUUUCUUUUUUUUAAAUGUAUAGGUCUAAUUUUUUAUUUAUUUAUUUUUAUUUUUUUUCAAAAUUACAUUUAGUACCACAAAUAGUGUCAUGACAUAUGUUACACAAUUGAAAUAAUUUUUGUUUUUUAAUGAAAAUUAGGAGGGUGUAUAAUGUGAUUAACUGUGAUGAAAAAAAUAUUUUAUGUGAAAUUGUUUUGUGAGAUUCACUCAGUUUUGAAUUUUUUUGAGGUUUUCUGGGGAUGUAAAACACACCAAGGUUCCUGGUGGAUUUUGGCUGGUCUUGUACUGUAAAACUAAAAGUUGAACAGAUUAUUUUCAGUAUGGAUGAAACUGAUCUGACCUGCCGUUGUCACCAGGAGCACAGAAAGCCACUGAGAAGAUCGACAUGUCGGGGGUAUUGUUGUAAUUCGCAAAUGUAAAUAUAGAUAUGCUCUGAAUAUACAACUCAAUGUUAAAAAAGACAGAUUCAAAUCAAUAUAUUUACAGUCUAUUACUAUAGAAACCAUAGUAUUUCCUAUAACCUGCAUUUUUACGAUAAUGUUCAAAAGCAAAUGUCAAUAAAAGAUUUAUGUAACAUUACAUGCUGCUUACACCCCCUUAAAAAGGGUCUAGUGACACUUCUGCUACAGCUCUUCACUGUAAAAAAAAAUCAGUAAAAAUACAGUACAAUAUACCCUAAUAAUUAAAGGAAAUUUUCCAUUUUUGGUUUUUACAGGUGUUUUUCCGUAUUUUUGAAUUACGCUUUGCAUUGUGGGAAGAAGAACGUUGGUGGCUUACAUAGGCGCGAAAACAGUGAAGAGUAUUGUACAGAUGCUCAUGUUUUCUUUUUUUUUUUUUUUUAAUUCCGUCUGUUACUGUUUAAAGCUAAACUGUCUUUUACAAUACAGGCAUUUUGCCUCAGUUGACACAUUGUUAAAUGAAUUGAGUAUUUGAUAUUGUUUAGUCCUAACCCACUUAAGGCAAACAAAAGCCAUUGCCCACAUAGCAAUUGACAUCUGGCCCAGCUCUGGGCCAAGCAAGGAGUUACACUCGGCCCAAGUGCAGCAAAGAAUUACGGCCCUUGUUUGGCCCAGAUCUGGACUACAGACAUGAGCCACACAUGAGCCAUAACUGGCCCAAAUCUCAGCCAAAUAGUAACUUGAGCCCUGAACUGAGCCAGAACAAGUUUUAAUAGUGCUACACAAUCUCAGCCUUCAGUAAACCACAUAGAGACUAGUCUUAAACCAGAAGCCCCAAAACUGAGCCAUGUCUAAAGGUGUAACUGUGUUUUACUGCUUAUUGAUGGAUCCAUGGCUGAGUUGGUUUUUGUUUUCCUUUUUUAGGCUCAGUUUUGGGGUUUCUGGUUAAAGACUAGACUCUAUGUGGUUUACUGAAGGCUUGACUGGGUCCCAGAUAGCAAGAGAGCAGGUGAAAACCAUUGAAUCAAUGUUAAAAAAUAGUUGAUUUGUCAAUGUUAAUGUCAUUAAAUCAAUUAAUGUUGAAAAAAUGUUGACAUUUCAACAAACCACCAUUACUGUGAUCAGUGAUUGCUUUAGUUGGGUUCUUGAUUCUUGUUUUUCAUUAAGUCAAUUCUUUCUCUGUGCUAUAAUGGUGUUUCGAUGUAAACACUUAUGCUGUUGAAAAGAGAUAUUUUAAAAUUAAGUUAAAGUGGAUUGCUUUUUGCAGUGGGUGUCAACUGGCAUUACAGUUGAGAAACAAUUCUAAAUAAUAUUGAUGAAUGUCAUUACUGACGUAAAUCUUUUGUAGCACAAAUGCAAAAAAACAAAAAUUCUGUGUUAAUAAAUGAAAAGAUUUAGACAUGAACACUCAACAUACAAACCGCAACAAUGGUGACAAUCACCAAACUAAUUCAGUUAAACAGAUCACCUGCAAUGCAUGACUUUUUUACUAUGUUGAUACCCGGCAUGCAUUUCUGCAUAGAAUUUUCUUUUGCUGAUUGUCACCAUUGUUGAGUUUCAUACGCUGAAACUUGAUGUCUAAUUGAUUCAGUAACUUACAGAUUUUUUUUUUAUAUAUAUUCUCUGUUAAUUCAUAAAAGUAUGAUAGUGGUUUUAUUCAGCUUUAAUCUCACAUUGCAGUAUCACACCAUCAUUCAAAUGCCCAACACACUUGUGAGAAAUUCAUUAUAUAACCUUGCAAUUAUUACAGUCACCACCAUCAUCUAAUCUCAGCGGAUCUUAGCUUUUGUUGUCUUAAACAACAUGUUUUCACACAAUGUUACAAAAGACAAAAAAAUCUAAUGUUAAAGUACAAAGAGUCAAGAGCCCAACUAAAGUGAUCACUGAUCACAACAAUGGUGGUUUGUUGAAAUUAUUUUUUUUUUCAACAUUAUUAGUAGAAGCAAAAGUUAUAUUAAUUCAUUAACACUGACAAAUUAACUACUUUUAACAUUGAUUCAAUGGUUGCUUGGGGGUAGCACUAAUAAAACUUGUUCUGGCCCAGUUCAGGGCUGGUUAUACGUUACUAUUUGGCUGAGA